AUGAAUCUAAAUAUCCCUUAAUAUAAAGGAUAUUAUGGUAAUAUGAAGCCUUUAAAUUCACUUGAUUUAUUAACAAAGGAAACUGAAGAGGAUCUUAGUGAAAUUAAUAAACUAGAAAAAAGACUAAAUGAACAGCAGUAGUAAGUAAAUGCUUUAAUGAAAAUUGUUUCAAAUUCAUAAUAAUAAAUAUAUGUACCACAUGAUAGAUAUAAACAUUCUAUUGAAAGUGAAAGAUUUAAUAGUCAAUUGCUUGAUGAAAUAAAGAAUCUUAAAAAACAUCUUAAACAGAUUGAAAGUGGUCCAAGACUUCCUUAACCUCCAUUUAUACCUCCAUUCUUACCUGUAUAAUAAUAUCCCUAUAGUUAUCAUCAAUUAAUUAAUCAAAUGCCUAUGCCUUAUCCUAUAUAAAAUCAAAAUCCUUAUUAUUAGAAUUAUCCAUUCUAGAAUAUGCUUUUCCAACCACCUUAAAAAGAAGAGAAAAGUAUUAGUUAAAUAUUGAAAGGUUUAGCUAAAAAAAAAGAAGAACAACAAUUAAAUUAGAUCAUGUUGUAAUUAUUAAAAAAAUAAUAAAAUGAUCCAGAUAAUGAUCAUCAUUAAAAUUAAAAAUUUAGAAGAAAUUUAAAAGUUAAACAUAAAUCUAAAAAAAAUGUUUCUGAUUUUUAAUUUAGUAAAAGUUCCAGAUUUGAUGAACAAUCACCAUAACCAGUAGAAAAAAAAUCACCAUAAACAUUAGCUAAAAUAUCACAUAAAAAAUAACAUAUUGAACCUAAAGAAUCACAUAAAAAAUAACAUAAAAAACCUUAAGAACAAUAAUUACCAUCACCAAAUUAAUUAUCUAAAAAUAAGCUCCAACCUCCACUCAGAGUCAAACCAACACCAGAGAGAUUAAAACUGUUAAAAAAAAAGUUUAAAUAUUGUACAUGGAUGGUGAUAUUUUAUAAAAACAUAUAUUUUUAUAUAAUGGAGAAAAAGGCAAAUAAUAGAUUCAAUGAUGAAGAAGGACAGUAUGAUGACUAAUUUGUAAAAAGCUUAAUUAUAUUAGUUAUUUGAUAAUGUCAUGUAACUAUUUGUUAAAGAAGGUUAAAGAGUUUCCAUAUUCAAAAAAUCUUGGGUGUUUACUGAAAAAAAAGAUGUUCCAAAUCGUAUAACAAAUUUAAUCUAAGUUACAGACAUUUUUCUUAAAAAAUUAAAUUUAGUAACUUAAACUAUUAAGUUUGAUCAAAAACAUUUAUCAUACAUUAGAGCAUUUACUACUAACUAGGGUUAUUUAUUUCCAACACAUUCAGCUUUUGUGACUUAAAGAUUAAAAUUAAAUUACAAAAGAAAACUAAAGUACUUUUUAAUUUAUAUUUUAGAUUCACUUCUGUUGAAUAAUAAAAAAUGGUUUUUUUAGAAUAUACUUAUAUAUAAAAACUAUUAGACUAAUAAAUAUUCUCUGUUAAUGGUUGGCAAGAAUUAUUAAAACCAUUUGCAGAACCAUUAAAGAUUUUUGUCUCAUUAUUAUAAUAUUUAUUUAUAGAUAAAUUUAAGAAUUUGUAGAUAAUUUCAAAAGAUAUGUAAUAUAAUGUAAAAAUGGUUUUAUAAUUAAGAAUUAAUAAGUUUCAAUAUUGGAUUUCACAAAACGAAAUGUAGCAGAUAUUAAAUAGGUAAUCAAUGAUAGAGAUCCAAAAUUUUAAGUGACUGAUUAAUCUCCAAUACUUGGACUAUAUAAUGAAACAAUUUUGAAACCUGUCAUAGAUUCUCCUGGAUUUGCAAAUCUUUAAAAUGAAUUUAAAGCUUUUGUAGAUUUAAUUUACUCAAAAGUAGAGUGA